CUCUAUUCUUAAAUCAGUCCGCUACAAAGCAUGAAGGUACUUUUUUCACCAACUUCUUUGGUGAAAUGACGGUGUUUUCUUGUUACUUAAGGACUUCAGUGGUGAAAUGUUCACAUUUUUACCAAGACGAUGAGUAAAUUUAAAGAUUAGGGCUCGCUGGACAUGUCUGCUGUCGAGAGGAGAGGAGCUCCAGAGCCACACUGGGAAAACAAACCUUCCAGAAAUCAAGAUUUCAAGCAUCCCCGGAGGCUUCUGGCUCGGCCCAGGCAUCCCGUCAGCAGGAGCACCUGGCUGCCUGACGGCUCCCGCUCAGCACACCACGCUCACAGGAGCCCUGUUUAUGUGUCAUUUGUCAGCAAGGCCAUCUUGUGGGAUCGGGGACUCUGCCACUACAGUCCACAUGACCGUCCAAAUCAUCGUCCCUUAUUGUGUCCACGGUUCUUGUCUCACAUGAAAGCUCGUCCUGAGGACCUCAGACCUCCUUGUUUCCUGAACUCCAAGUCCAGACCACAGCCUCCGUCUCAGGGGAAGACGCCCACAACACACACUCUCGCUGCCCCGAAGACACAGACUCUGGAGGGUGACUUCCAUCCCAGUCCAGACAGAAGAGCAAAUCGUGUGCAGAUCACAGGAAGGCGCUCUGCUGUUGUUGUUCCCUGCCUUCCACUCCCUGCUGCUCCACCACCAUCCACCAUUAAUCCAACACCUCCCCACCAAAACACAGUCCACCCUGACUUUGAGAGACAACAAAGCAAGCUGAACACUGCGCCAGCUUCUCCCUCCCGUCCUCAUCCUGCUCCAGCGGAAGAAGAUGAAGUUACGGAGAGGGAGCGGGCACCACAAUCUGCUGUGGUGUCCAUCACAGAGUCAGAUUGGAUGCUGCAUCUUGAGCCUGCUGGACCAGAACGCUCACCGCCGCCGGCCUCCACAGUCUCACACGGGUGUCUUUCAGAUUUAAGUCGUCCACCAUCCAGCCUGUUCAGCCGCAGCACUGACCUCGCUAGCGGCAGGAGCAGUGUCCUGUCUGAUGCAGAUAUCGGGGACUCAGACCCAGAAGGCAACGUUUGUCUCUCACCAUUCCAGCCUUGUCCAGUGAUGCAUUCACCUUUGGCUUCCUCCCCUUCAGUAGGACCCAACCUUCACCAAUCAUUCGUGAAUGCUAAGACCACCCCUCGACUCUGUGAACCCCUGCAUGGUCAAACCAAACCCCCCUCACCUCGCCCAACAUCAGGCAUCCUCCCUCAGACAGAUAAACCUCAGAGCAGGUGUGACAGCACAAAAACAACAGAGAAUCUCCUCCAAGAUGAAUCUGCAGAUCCUGGUCUCCACCCAUCCUCGUACCCAGAUCGUGGCCUCAUUACCCUGGAGUUCCCUUCUGCUACUUGGUCCUCCUGCCCGAGUCCACGGAGCGCCACUUGUCGUUCAGGGUCAGGACCAAAGCUGACCCCUUCUGCGUCAGUGACUCGGCUGGAGUCUCAUCGCUGGCCUGUCCUGCCUCCUAUCUCCCCUGUCAGAGGACGCUGCGACACAGCAGCAUCACGCUGCUCGGAGCUCAGCUGCAGUCAGUCUCAUGUGUUUGAUGAACUGGAGGCCAUCGCCCCUCGAUCCGCUUCCUGUCCGUCUCUGGAUCAGCCGUCAGAUUCAUCUGGUAGCCCUUCACCUGACACAGAGCUGUCUCCAGGCCUGGCAGCGUUGACAGUGGGCUGUGACUCUGGGAAUCUGGGCUCCCUGUCCCGCGUCCAACUGCUCCUCCUGGAUCGACUGGAGCCAGACACCGUGCCGAGUCCCUUCGAUCAGGACGAGGAGCUCUCACCAGAGCAGGACUGGUCUGAUCUGAGGAUGCCAUAUGAUGCAGGCUCAACUGCAGCAGGUGUUCUGAGGCCCCUCACAGCUGGCAGCAUCUCUGAAAGGUGCGACUCCGCAGGGAAAGUCCAGGAGAACAAAUCGGAUGAGUCUGAAGGAGGUUCUGGGUCACCGUCUUCAUGGAUCAUAGACCAGAGUCCAUCAUACAACAUGUUCAGAUCAGAUUCUCCCUGCGUGUCCAAUCACGGUUCCAGCACAGAUGAAGGGAGCCCAACUGAAGAUGGUUAUCCAGAAUGGAGGGACCGAGAGGAGUCCUCAGCAGGAGGCACAGGGCCCGAGAGUUUUGACCACAAAGCUGAAGAGAAGGACAGAAGGAUGGAGGAGAGGAAAACGAAGGUGCUGAACAUGCUCUCCAAACUGCAGGACAACACGCCUCGUCAGCCAAAAGGCAGCAAAGGUCGCUCCAACUUCGAAGACUUCGACUUUUUGGCAAAGUACUGCAUUUUCAGUCAGGAGAGGCUGGCUGAGUACAAAAGAGCUUUUGAAGCAGAGGAUGGUGAUGGUGACGGCUACCUCUCGUGCCUUCAGGCUUUACUUGCUCUUAAAAACAUCAUCCCUGCAGAGCUGCUGUCGGACGAAGAAGAGAUCUACGUCUAUCGGAUCCUGGAGAUGGUGGACUUCAGAGUGACAGAUGGUCUCGUGGACCUGAGGCUCUUUGCAGUGAUCGCCAGCCUGGCACAGAAAAUAGCCACCAUGGAUGACUUCAUGCGAUCAUUGAUCACCAACAUGGACCUCCGCUCAUUAGAAGUGAGGCUCUUCAAAGCAAAGCAACUGUUCCUGUUCCUCCUGGAGGAGCAGCGAGGAGACGCUGGAGCUCAGCAGGGCUUCAUCAGCGCAGAGCAGCUGCUUCUGGAGCUGAAGGCCGGGGGAAUCCAUCUGGAGCAGGAGGCUGCGAUCAGACUGGAGCUGCAGCACAUGCCUCCCCUGGACCUGCUGGACUUCCUGGCCUACCUGCCGCUCUUCAUGCUCAUUCACAAGUCAGUCAUCGCCAACCCUCUCAACGACUCCAGCAACCUCUGACCUCAGUCACUGCACUGUGUGGCUCAGGUGGUGAUUGUUGUGCGCCUGGCGGCAUGCUGCUGUCAGGGGGCACACGCCAUCAGCCAAUUCAGCUCUGUGUCUCCACUCGACCACCAUACACAGCCCAUUCACUCAUUAAAGCAGACACGCGUCCGGCUGCAGCCUCCGCCCUACCUGUCAAACUUAGUUUCGCAGAAACACAAGCUACUACCUCAGAAUCUGUUGGUGAUCGCCACGGUGUGACCAUCCCCGCUGACACUCCCUCCUUCUCUCCAUCUGCUGAUGUAGAAGACAUUUAUUUGACCCAAAAUUUCACUUUGGAUAAAAAAUAUUUCCAUUUGAAGGCUGUAAUUUGUUGGUUUCUCUAAGUGCGCACGAAAACCUUUUAACGUGAGGAACAGUUAACGCGCCGUUUUAAGCUGCGUCAGCCUCUGUCCAUGACAUCGAGUCCAAAUUAUCAUUAUUUUUGCUGAGGUUUGGUCACUUUAAGAUCCAUUUUUGAGGAGAUAAAAGCAUUUCAUCAGUGCUUGUAUCCUACAGCUGCUGGGUUAGUAGGAUUUCAUAGCGGUGGCUCAAAUUUUACGCACAUGUGGCAACAGAUUUACACUUUGCCCUUUUGCGCAGUGGAUGGAUUCUGUUAUAGAUAAUCUCCAAUAUUACAAAAGAUAUUGGACAUUAAGAGUUUGGCUGAGUGACAUGUGACUAAACAUUGCAAAGAGCCACAAGUCGUUAAUUUAGACAAACUAGAAGGAAGAUAUAUCGUGCGUAAAAUGUGCG